GGAGGUUUCCUUUUAAGAAGUGGACUUCUCAGGGGUGAUUCACUACCCAUAGGAAGAUUCUGAGCGGAGGAGGCUUUCGAGCCUGGGUAGAAAUUUGCAUACAGCUGCCACUUCCUGCUUCGAGCCUGUUCUGCCACUUACCUGGGCAGGGUCGGGGCGGAGGGGGGCGGGCACCCCCGAGAGCGACCAAGGGGCCGAGGAGAGCGAGCCCAAGACCACGCUCCGGACCGGGCUGCCUGGCCCUGGAGGCUCUAGAAACUAGGAUGAGCCGAAGCAUCCCUGUGGAGGUCGAUGAAUCAGAACCAUACCCAGGCCAGUUGCUGCACGCGAUCCCAGCACAUUCCCCUUCAGAACCACCUGUUCCGAAUGUAAUAAGGAACAUGGUGCCCACCAGCUUGUCUGCCCUCCAAACCACUCACGGGGCCUCUGGAGACUCUGGGGGGGCCUACCCACCCCUGAGACUCGAAAAUCGCCAGUGGUGUGUGUCCCAGCAGGCCGUCUGCCUGCGCAAUAAAGUCCUGGAGGAGAGUGAAGACAGCUACUGUGGGAGACACUCGGGCCUGACUGCGGCCAGCGAGCCCGAGGCUCAGCCCCUCCGCACAGAGCAUCAGUUUUCAUUUAUGGGAAAACAUCAUCAAUGGCUGGGAUCUCAGCUUUCAGCAGCAUCUCCCGACACUGGCCAUGACUCAGACAAAUCAGGCCAAAGUUUGCCUAAUGCCUCGGUCAGCAGCCAAGAAACGGUACAAAGGCCCCAGCCCCACAGGAAUCCGGCAGCCCCAGACCUGCCUACUAUAGACACCGGCUAUGACUCUCAGCCCCAGGAUGUCCUGGGCCUCCGGCAGCUGGAAAGACCCCUGCCCCUCACCUCCGUGUGUUACCCCCAGGACCUCCCCGGACCUCUCCGCUCCAGGGAGUUCCACCUGCUUGCGCCACAGCGGUAUCCACAGAUGCUGCCUCUACAACCUUCCCCACAUGCGCCGUGGAAUUACCAGUACUAUUGUCCUGGAGGUCCCGACCCCCACCAGGUGCCAUAUGGCCACGACUACCCUCGGGCGGCCUACCAACAAGUGGUGCAGCCAGCUCGACCUGGGCAGCCCCUACCUGGAGGCAGUGUGAGAGGCCUUCCUCCUAUGCAGAAGGUCCUUCUGAACUGUCCCAGAUCUCAGGACCAAGAAGAGAGGCCAGCACAAAGAGAUGACUCCUCCCCAGGGCCUCGGAGGCAUGAGGACCAGCUGUAUCACCAGACACGGACUCGAGCUGGAGCUCUUGAGCACUCCUUGGAGCGUCCUGCAGACCUGAGACCACAGGGUCCCCAGGCUCUGUCCUCAGCUGCGGUCCCCAGACCCCCUAGUAACCCUCCAGCCAGAGGAACUCUGAAAACAAGCAAUUUGCCAGAAGAAUUACGGAAAGUCUUUAUUACAUAUUCUAUGGACACAGCCAUGGAGGUGGUGAAAUUUGUCAACUUUCUGUUGGUGAAUGGCUUUCAAACCGCAAUUGAUAUAUUCGAGGACAGAAUCCGGGGCAUUGAUAUCAUUAAAUGGAUGGAGCACUACCUUAGGGAUAAGACAGUGAUGAUAAUCAUAGCAAUCAGCCCCAAAUACAAACAGGAUGUGGAGGGCGCGGAGUCGCAGCUGGAUGACAAUGAACAUGGCUUACACACUAAGUACAUCCAUCGAAUGAUGCAGAUUGAGUUCAUAAAACAAGGAAGCAUGAAUUUCAGAUUCAUCCCUGUGCUCUUCCCAAAUGCUAAGAAGGUAAACAAAUAAAAAACCAAAACUCAAGACCAAACCUUUGUAUUAAGCAACUUUGCUUUGUUCUGCCAUCUGGGUGUUUAAGGAGAAAACCUUGUCGAACUCUUUGCCCAUCCCUUCAAAUGGCAGUCUUACUAGAAAGACCAACAAGUUGUAGCACGUGGUUCGGCAGCAUGCGUCAGGAAGGUUUCAAAGUGUUAUCUGAUAAGACCAUCACUGCCCUAAUUGUUCAAACAGCCAUCGCACACAAAGAAGGAGCUU